AUGGCUGCGCCGAUUGGCGCUGCGCCGCUGUCCAGGGAGCCGCCAGUCGGGCCAGGGGCCGCAGAAGCGGCCGUCGUGGCCUCCGCCGUGGCGCUACCAUGCUCGUGCUGGUCGUCAUGGCGUUCUUGCCGCGGCUGGCGAGGGGCAACCUGCAGCAGAAGCGGGAUCCUUGGGCCGCUGGCGGAGGCAGCGGGCAGCUUGGCCGGCGGCUGCCGGCCUUGCUCGAGGCCGCUGGCGCUGGCGACGCCGAGGCCCGUGCGCGUCGCGGCCGCCGUCGGCGAGGAGUGGGAGGUCACCCAGAGAUUCGGCCAGUCGGGUGUCCAGCAGACAUACGUGCUCAAUGAGGAGAACGCAGAGAUUGUCCUCCAGGAGUGCCGCGAGGCUCUACGCCAGUGCUUCGGGUACGACAAGGAGAACCGAGAUGUGGGCAUCACUGGUAAGGUCAAUUUCGUGUCUUUGGAAGGCCCGUUCAUGACCAUCGCCUUCGACGAGGGCAACUUCUGGCACAAGCGGAGCGACUUGCUGAAGCGCGUGGAGGUGUGCGUCAUUGAUCGGAUACCAGAGCUCGCAGGGGUGGAGAUCGAGGACGAGUCGAUGCUCGUGGAUGCGAGGAGAGGCGGUUCAGAAUCGAGCAAUGUACAAGAUAACCCGAUGCGAUGA